UAAUUGAAAGUGAGUAGAAUCGCUAUAUGGGUCGAGUAAUUUAUGGUCACGUGGCUGGCCUGGGGCAAAUCUGGGGUUAAGUAGUCCGUACGCGAAAGAGUUGAGCGCAGUUGAGUAACGGCCUUCGCGUUAAGUGGAUGUCGGUCUCCUUCUGACAUGCCAAAGAAUUAACUGCCAAUCUUUCGCGCAGCGAUGGGAUCGUGAGGAUUUUUUAACCGAACUUUAUCUUCGUUUUAAUAACUUCGUCGAUCCGAUUGUCCGAAAUAAUCGUGCAGAAGACGGAGCGAGCUCGGUAAUUCGACUCGCGUGAACCAAGGAAACCGCAUGAAGCACAACCCGCAAAACCAUGGACAGCAAGGCAGAACGGGAAAAGGUGAAGAAUCCUCGAGAGGGGGCGAAUCCCCUGAGUGUCUUAACAUUCUCAUGGAUCCUACGCACAUUCUGGCUGGGUUAUCAGAGGGACCUGGAGGUGACCGACUUGUACAGUCCCCUGAAGGAGCACACGAGUAGCAUCCUUGGGGAGAAGAUCUCCUCGGCCUGGCAGGACGAGUGCAAGCGCAUCAGUAAAUAUCAAAAGCAACGUGCCAAGAGAAAAGAUGGCAAGGGCGAGGAUAAGGACGAGAAGGGACCGGAGCCGAGCCUCAUGCGCGUCCUGAUAAAGUGCUUCGGCACUCCGGUCAUGUUCUAUGGAAUUGCCUUGGCCAUAAUGGAGAUAUUACUCAGGGUGAUGCAGCCGCUGUUCCUGGCGCGGCUGCUGCAGUAUUACGAGAAGAAGAACAGCAGCAUCACGAAGGAGGAGGCGUAUCUGUACGCGGGAGGGGUCGUCAUGUGCUCGGCUAUAAACAUUUUCGUCAUCCACCCGUACAUGAUGGCGAUCCUGCACAUGGGGAUGAAGAUCCGAGUCGCCUGCUGCAGUCUCAUCUACAGGAAGGCCUUGAGGCUCUCGAAAACGGCCUUGGGAGAGACCACUGUAGGUCAGGCCGUAAAUCUCCUCUCGAACGACGUCAACCGAUUCGACGUGGCCAUCAUCUUCCUGCACUAUUUAUGGAUCGGCCCCCUGGAGACCAUGAUCGUCAUGUACUUCAUGUACAGGGAAGUCGAGAACUCCGCGAUCAUCGGCGUGGCGUCGUUACUUAUGUUUAUUCCGCUGCAAGGAUUCCUCGGGAAGAGGUCGUCCGUACUUAGACUACGCACUGCCAUUAGGACCGAUGAGAGGGUCCGCUUGACCAACGAGAUCAUCGGAGGCAUCCAGGCUAUCAAGAUGUACACGUGGGAGAAGCCCUUUAGCGCACUCGUCGACUUUGCCAGAAGAAAGGAGGUCAACGUUAUCAGAGCGACGUCCUACAUCAGAGGUGUGAUCAUGUCCUUCAUAAUAUUCACUACGAGACUUUCGCUGUUCAUAACCGUGCUUCAUUACGUCCUCGCAAGUAACUCCAAGGGACGGAUAAAUGCGGAAAUAGUGUUCAUGCUGACUGCGUACUAUAAUAUACUGCGUCAGACCAUGACGGUGUUCUUCCCACAGGGAAUCACUCAAGUGGCUGAGGCUAUCGUAUCGAUCAGGCGAUUGCAGAAAUUCAUGCUGUACGAGGAAGUGGGAAUGGUGGAGAACGCUGCCGAUGAUAAGCAGGACACCGCGGAGAACAGCAAUAGUAAUGAGAAAAAUAAAUCCGAGCCGAGUGAGAACAAUAAGAAGGAGAGCGUGGAGAAGAUCGAGACGAACGACGAGGAUGGAACUAUCCUUAUGGAGAAUUGCUACGCCAAGUGGGUGCUGGACCACGAGGAGGACACCUUGCAGAACAUCAAUAUAAAGGUUAAGCCAGGUGAAUUGGUGGCUGUCGUUGGGCAGGUUGGCUCAGGGAAGACGAGUCUCCUUCACGUUCUUCUGAAGGAGCUGCCUAUUCAGUCUGGGACGUUACAGGUAAAAGGCAAAAUCGCGUAUGCCAGUCAGGAACCCUGGCUCUUUGCUGGCUCCGUAAGGCAGAAUAUACUGUUCGGUCGGAAGAUGGACCAUCGGCGGUACGAGAACGUGGUUAAUGUUUGCCAGUUGAAGAGAGACUUCAGUCUGCUGCCUUUUGGCGAUAAGACUAUCGUCGGCGAACGAGGGAUCAGUCUUUCUGGCGGCCAGCGUGCUAGGGUCAACCUGGCGAGGGCAGUCUACGCAGAUGCGGCGAUCUAUCUCCUGGACGACCCUCUGAGUGCCGUGGACACGCACGUCGGUAAGCACAUGUUCCAGGAGUGCAUCGACAAGUACUUGAAAGGCAAAACCAGGAUCCUGGUGACCCACCAGAUACAACACCUCAGCAACGCCGACAGGAUCAUCGUGUUAAAAGACGGCGUCAUCCAAGCGGAAGGGACGUACUCGGAAUUGGGAGCAAUGGGCGUCGAUUUUGGCCGACUGUUGGAAGUCCAAACGCAAACCGACGAACAGGUCGCUUCGGCUCCGGCAAGCAGGAGCAAUUCUCGACACACCAGUAUCACUUCCUUAUCGUCGUUCAUGACGAACGACACCAAUAAACAGCAGGACGAGCCAGCCGAGGUCGCUGAAAUGCGCAGCGUAGGGACUGUCGGUGGCUGGGUGUACCUGUCCUAUCUAAGAGCUGGUGGAAACUGGGGUAUUGUCAUCGGUAUCUUCCUAUUGUGCGUCUUUGCUCAAAUGGCUGCUAGCGGUGGAGACUUCUUCAUCGCUCGUUGGGUCUCGAUGGAGGAGCAGGAAGACAAAAGCGCGGAAACGGGAUACGUGAGACCGUUGAGCAGCGAGGUCUGCAUCUACAUCUACACCGCCCUGACGGUGCUAACCAUCAUCGUGACCUUGGCCCGCUCGUUCUCCUUCUUCGCGAUGUGCAUGAGAGCCUCGAUGCGCCUCCACAAUCGGAUGUUCCAGUGCAUCUGCCGGGCGACCAUGCGCUUCUUCAACACUAACACCUCGGGCCGGAUCCUGAACCGCUUCUCUAAAGACAUGGGAGCCAUAGACGAGCUCCUGCCCACGGCCUUGAUCGACUGCGUGCAGAUCGGCCUGACUCUUCUGGGCAUCAUCGCCGUGGUAGCCAUCGCGAAUCCCUGGCUGCUGGUGCCCACCGUGUUCGUCGGCAUCAUCUUCUACUAUCUGAGGGUGUUCUACCUCUCCACCAGUAGGAGCGUCAAGCGUCUCGAAGGAGUCACCCGUUCGCCGGUGUUCGCACACCUGAACGCAACUCUCCAGGGCAUGACGACGAUCCGGGCCUUCGACGCCGGGAAGACCCUCACCAAAGAGUUCGACCACCACCAGGACCUCCACUCGUCUUCCUGGUACAUAUUCAUCGCGUCCUCCCGAGCCUUUGGCUUCUGGCUGGACGUCAUCUGCGUCAUCUACAUCGCCUUAGUCACCCUAAGCUUCCUGGUCCUCUACUCGGACGAUAAUAAGCCGGAUGGAGGGAACGUGGGUCUGGCCAUCACCCAGAGUAUCGGUCUCACGGGGAUGUUCCAGUGGGGCAUGCGACAGAGUGCGGAGCUGGAGAAUCAGAUGACCUCCGUGGAGAGGGUCCUGGAGUACACGAACGUGGAGAGCGAGCCACCCCUGGAGAGCACGCCGGAGAAGAAGCCUCCGAAGGAUUGGCCGCAGAGCGGGAAGAUGGAGUUCAAGGAAGUAUUCCUGAGAUACUCCCCGACGGAACCGCCUGUCCUGAAGAACCUGAACUUCGUGAUCCAGCCUCGCGAGAAGAUCGGCAUCGUCGGCAGGACCGGAGCCGGGAAGUCGUCCUUGAUUUCGGCCCUCUUCCGACUGGCCGAUAUCGAGGGCCAGGUCGUGAUCGACGGAGUGGCUGUCGGGGAAAUCGGCCUGCACGACCUCCGCUCGAAGAUCAGCAUCAUCCCGCAGGAGCCGUUCCUCUUCUCUGGGACCUUGCGGAGGAACCUGGACCCCUUUGACUCCUACACGGACGACGUGCUCUGGCGGGCCCUGGAGGAGGUCGAGCUGAAGGAAAUGGGCCUGGAGGCCCACGUUACCGAGGGCGGUACCAAUCUCAGCGUGGGCCAGCGCCAGUUGGUCUGCCUAGCCCGAGCUAUCGUCCAGAACAAUCCCAUCCUGGUCCUGGACGAGGCAACGGCGAACGUCGACCCGCGCACCGACGAGCUCAUCCAGACCGCCAUUCGCCAGAAAUUCGAGAACAACACCGUACUGACGAUCGCCCACAGACUUAACACCGUUAUGGACAGCGACCGCAUCCUGGUGAUGGACGCUGGCACUGUCGUGGAAUUCGACCAUCCUCACUUACUGCUCCAGAAGGAAAAGGGAUACCUACAAGGCAUGGUCAAGCAGACCGGAAGGUCCAUGGCGGAGGCGCUGACUGCGGUCGCUCGCAAGAACUAUCUGGAAAGGACUUCGACGACACUUUAAGAGGGAUAAUCACCGUGCCGCUGUUAUUCACAGUAUUCUAGCGUGCCAGAUCGCGAUAGGCCGCGAGGACAGUCUUAGUCAAAGUCUCUCUUUCUCCCCCGUGUCUCCUAUAUCUUCGUCCUUCUUUUUUACGGACUUGCGGAGAACGCUCCCCUCAGGCCUCCCCGCGAUGUCUUCACGGUGUCCUCCCAUCGCCGUCGCAUUUUUCUAACGCGGUGUAUUUUCUCGGAGACUGACAGAGAUUCUAGAUUAAUCUUUCUAAGUACUUUGUAAAACUCAAGUCGGCGCGAUACAGUAUUAAUGCCGUGUACCCUCCUGGCUCGGUGCAGCGCGCGAGACGGUCGUGCUCUUUUUUUUUUUGUUCCUUUUCCUCCAUGCCGCACGAAUCGCGAGUUUCCGCGUAGAGACCUCCGCUCUUCGGGGUAGGGUUCCUGGCAUGUAACGGCGUGACUUACACCCGCUAUGACUAUACUCGACGGGUUUUAAUACUUAGGAGAAACGUACGUAAGGAUUACGUAUCCACGGAGAGAUCGGCCCGUGACGUCGCGCGUUAAUGCCCCGUCACGGGAUAAAUUGCAUACAAGGUGCCGAUUGUAAUGGCGUACUUACGGUGUCCAUUGUUAACACUUGGUGCUCGUUUGCGAGGGACGUGGAAAUCGUGCCCGAGCAACGUCCCCCCCCUCCCACGAAGGAAAAAAAAAAUAUGAAAAUGUCACAAAAUAAUGGUGCUCAAAUACCCCUCCCCGCAGUGCUGCACGAUAAGUGCGUUUUGUCGCGGUACUGAUAAAUGUAGCGUCCUAGUACUCGCGAUAAGUUAAUGCCGGAUCUCUCUUAUGGGUCCCGCGGUACGCGAUGGAAAGCGUCCCUUGUAUAAUUGGUCUAAUCAAAAAUCCUGUCCGCAAGUGUAACGCGUAAAUGUGGUGCCGUUGCCGUAGUAUAGAAGCGAUCGCCUUAAAUACAAGUGCCUGUAUAUUGAAAGAUUGUACAUGAAAUAUAGAUAGAUGGAAUUGUU